CCAGAGGGAGAUACUCUGACGAACCGAACCAUCGGAUUAUACACUUCGUGGAGAAGUUAACAUGAAUGCCGUUCGUGAAGGUGUUUGUUUAGUGGGAUUGCUGGUGUUACUUACCAGCGAUGAAGGUCGAUGUGCCCUGUCACCACAACAGCGAGCUGACAUAGAUACAAGACUGUCACAUGAUAUGGCUACCCCGCCCUUUUAUUACACAGGAAACUUGACAGAGGUUGACCUGCAAUUAGUUAUGACAAAUGUACGAUUUUCUGAUGAGAAUAUGGCGGAUUUCACAUUUUAUUCAUACCAAAUAUGGAGAGACGAACGACUUGCAUACCCCGACAUAGUAAACGAUAGCUUGGCGCAUCACGUGGUCAGACAGAUCUAUUUUGAUAACAUUUGGUUGGUGGAGAGUUACGUUGAAAACGAACUGCAUUCAAGUGUUCACGACUCGGUCUUGCUUAACCGAUUUGUGUGGAUAUUCCCAAACGGUACUAUUGUGUAUAGCAUGAGACUGACAGUCGGUCUAGCUUGUAACCUCCAGGCCAUACAAUUCCCCAUAGGCGAGUUCAUCUGUAACCUUAAAUACAGAAUACAUUCAUAUUCAAAAGAUCUGGUGUUACUGAACUGGUCCUCUCUAAAGCCAAUAGUGUUCACCAGGAGAGCCCAGCAGGAGUCUGUCGACACAAAACAAUGGCGAUUUUCCAUCUGUGACGCAGACGACAGUGCAGUGAUUAAAAGCUCUUGCCUCGAGAUGUCGGUUGUGCUUGUCCAAGACUAUAGGCGGUUCAUGGUCCGUCUCUACAUGCCGAGUAUCUUUGUUGUGUUUGUGGGUUGGCUAAGUUUCUGGAUAGAUCGGUCACAGGUCUCGGCCAGGAUCAAACUUGGUACACUAUGUCUGCUCGCUAUGAUCACAGAGGAGGUCGGCAUCAAAUUUCUACUUCCCACGAACAUACAACUUGACGCCGUAGACGUUUGGUUUUGCGCCAAUCUCGUUUUUGUCCUUAUUGCUAUUAUGGAGUAUACAUUUGUACAUGCCGUUGACUGCUAUCAAGAGAAAUUGCGAAAAGAACAGGAAGCGAAAUCACACGUUCAAGUUAGCAAGGAGAAUGGAAAGAGUUUUGGUGAAAUUGAUGGCUUGUCUAUGGAAGAGUUGCAACAUCCGGAUACCUUUGAUUGUGAUCGACAGACGAGCUAUGACGUGGUAGCUAAAACCAAGGCUGAUGAAACGUGGCUAUGUUGGAGUCGAGUAUUGAUGAAGAUAUCGACAGGGCGAGUCGAAAAGUACGCACGGCUUUUAUAUGCGAUUGCUUUUGUGGUUUUCCAGAUCUUUUACUGGGUAUACUAUCUGAAUUACAAAUCUGUAGUUCAACCAUCCGAGCCAGACUUUGACGUUGCAUGCACCGGAGAUUGACAAUGUUUUUG